UGCCUUUUGGAGGACAAAGUGCCCCUAUCAUUGGGUGCCAGUUGGGAGGAAUAGUGCCCCAUCAUUGGUGUCAGUGGGAGGAAUAGUGUCCCAUCAUUGGUAUCAGUGGGCUGAAUAGUGCCCCCCAUCCUUGGUGCCAGAAAGAGGAAUAGUGCCCCAAUGUUGGUGCCAGUGGGAGGAAUAUGGUGCCCCAUCAUUGGUGUCAGCUGGGAGGAAUGGGCAGGAAUAGUGCCCCAUCAUUGGUGUCAGUGAGAGGGAUAGUGCCCCAUCAUUGGUGUCAGUGGGAGGAGAUAGUGCCCCAUCAUUUGGUAUCAGUGGGAGGAAUAGUGCCCCCAUCCUUGGUGUCACCGGGAAGGAUAAUGCCCCAUCAUCGGUGUCAGUGGGAGGGAAUAGAGCCCCAUCAUUGGUGUCAGUGAGAGGAAUAGUGCCCCAUCAUUGGUGUCAUGGGAGGAAUAGUGUGCUCAUCAUUGGUGUCAGUGGGAGGAAUAGUGCCCCAUCAAUGGUGUCAGUGGGAGGAAUAG